CAUCUGAUAACAAAUGUCAAACAACUAGUGGUAAACAAAAAUAUUUUUAUUGAGCAACGCUUUUUUUCGCUCGAAAAACUCAAACAUAACUUAAAACUUUAUUGUGUUUUUAUGCCAAACGUGCGAACAAACUGUAAUUAAAAUAUUCUUAUUGCAAUAAACACAUUGUUUACCAUGGGUUUUCCACGUAUUAUAAGUAAAAAUAAUAAAAUCUAUACUAAACUGGGUGAGUUUUGUUUAUCGGCCGACGGCCAACAAUUUUGGAUUGUUUGUCAUACCUGCCAGGAGGAAUUGCAGACACAAGAUAAAUUCUGGAAGCACAUACAAGAUGAACACAAUUUUAUGCAUGGUAUUAAGCGAGAACAGAGUCGCACAGCUGCACAAGCUUAUAUGGAGGCGGCUGAGGCUGUGGCCAUGAUGCCUUUAUACCGCAAAGUUAGUGUAAAUGAUCAACAGCGUGAUGAUGUGGUCUCGACAGAGGAUGAGGAUAUGCAAAAGGAACCAAAAGACUAUACAGAAAUGCGUGUCCAUGAGCAGGAACAACAGCAGCAACAGCAACAACAGCAGCAGCAACAGGCAGCCGUGGCCAUAGAUAUAAAAUUGGAACCCUCGUCGUUAAGUCAACAGUCCGCAGUACAGGCACAACAGCAGCAGCAACAACAAGAACAGCUACAGCAGCAGCAACAACAGCAGCAACAACAACAGACCCAACAAAUUGAAAUCAGCACACCGCUUAUGUAUCAAAUACCCCAAGUACACCCACCAGUCAGUGCAUACGCAGCCUUAGUUCAAGCCCCAGCCAUAAAUACCCUUAAUAUGUCAGUGGCCGCUGCUGCUGCCGCUGUAGCCUCCAAUCAAGUGCCAUCCUCAAUGGCCGCUCUAUUGCCCCAAGAACUGCAAUACAAACAAGAGUUGCAGUACAAGCAAGAGGUGCAACAACACAAAGAAUCAACCAACAACAGCACCACCGCCAGUGCCAGUAGUGCUGUCUCCUCCGAUGACGGAGAACGUUGGUAUAUCUGUGACUUUGAGAAUUGUGGUCUUAAGUUUAAAUAUCAAUCACGUCUCGAAUUACAUCGCAGUGUGCAUAGUAAGGAGAGACGUUUUGCCUGCGAAAUAUGUGGUGCCAGUUUUAAACAGUCCUGCAAUCUGUCAACGCAUCGCAAAAAGAAACACGCUCUUAAGGGUACCACUAAAGCUACACUGGUACCGCCACAGCGUUUUUGAAAUCCAUUUAUAAAUUUCUUGCAAUUUCCCUUCUAUUUUUGAAUGAAAAGAAAAAAAACAAACAAACAAGAAAAAAGUAA